AUGGCUGCUGAAGGCGCUAAUGGCAAGAUUUGCUUAGCCCUUUUGACAGCUCGGGCAGAUCCAAGUGUUGCAGAUGAGCGGGGGCUGUCCCCAGCAGCACUGGCUUCAAACAAUGAGGCCAUAUCCAAUGGCUGCUGCGACUCUACACUCAACCUCGCCGGAGCCAAACGCUUCUUGGCAUCACAUUGCCCAGAUUUUGCAGCAUCACGCACCGGCACCUCAGCCUUCAGGACACAACUGCGUGCUCCACGUGGUGCUCUCAGCAUUGAUCAUCGGGCCAACUUUGGCACGACAUGGCAAGACGUUGCGAUCGGUGCGAGAAAAGCCAUGGCUGCCAUUGGCCGGAGUCGACUGCGGUGCAUGGGGCUCCGUGCACAGCAAGUGAAAACAGCCGAUUCUUCGAAUGGCUUGGCUUUCUGCCGGAGUUCCCAAAUCGAUCUGAUCGAAGGCCGCUUGGCUUUUACUCGUCGUACAUCUUCAUGUCCAGAUGAAGCGUGGCCUGAGCCACGCCAAAUCCCAGAAGAGGUGUCUCACUGGUGCGCUGACAGAGCGGGCACACAUAGGAAUGUUGGUGCACCUCGACGAUACCUUGAAGGGUCGCGCCUGUUCGAGCGCAACGCUCGCUUGCGAUAUGGCCAGAUGUGGCAGGAGAUGAACGCGAAGUUCAAAGCAGUGCUUCGACACCGGGGAGAAGAGAUCGGCUCUUGCUCGUCAACUGUGGAGUUGGCAUUGCAGAUGCACAGAAAUACACAAGCUUACAAAUGGAGUCUUUCCCAGACCACCGGGUUGAGUUCUGAGAAGCACACCUCCUUAAAGUUGCCCAUCAUGGCAAGCCAUGGCCGGAAGCGUCUCCACGUCGCGCGCAGCUCAUUGCUUGUUGAGACUCGAGCACGCGGGAAGGAUGUCUCGUCCAGUCAGAACGAGGCUCUCCCAGGAGGAGCCUUUGCCAGAAGUGCUGCGCCACAGCCAAAAAGCAUUGCAGACUUUGAAGCUGCUUUGACCCGUGCAGAAAGCGGCGGCGCUGAUGUGGUGCAGGUUUGGACUGACUUUGCUCUGUGGGCAAAGCGGCUGGUUGAUGGUACAGAGCAGCUUUCCAUCUUGCGACGAGCCUGCCGCAGCUUAGCAGGAGAGAAGAGGCACGCGCAGGACAUUCGCCAGCUUCGAUUGUGGGUGAUGCUGGCAGACAAAGAAUCAAGGCCCGCUCAAAUCUUUCAGCACUUGGAGGCUCGCGGCAUCGGAACGAACCACGCGCUACUUUUUGAGGCUUGGGCACAUUGCUUGGAGGCGAAGCAUGACUUCGAAGGUGCAGCAGAUGUGUAUCGACGUGGUUUGACAUCGUUGGCGCAGCCUCAGGCACGCUUGCGAGCGCGUCGUGCAGACUUUGACGAACGCAUGCGACAGCGUGUGUCGCGCACUCCUAGCACGGAAGCUUUCACUUUUAGCACUCCGCCGCGCGAGAGCAGAUCAUGGAGGCUCUCCCAUUUCCGCGCCAUCAAGACAUCCUUGAAGAAGCCGUCAAAGUAUUCCACGCUGAGAUUUCGGACGCCUCGCAAGCCCCACAGUCAUGAGGAAGCAAAGCAUCGACAUGUUCCAAUAGACCAGCGAUGUUACAAGGACAUCAAAAAGGAGGAGGUGAAGCGAACGGCCAUGAAUUCAGCGAAGGGUGCCCGAACAGCAGAGAUGGCGACUGCGCAGGUAGACACGAGGUCCAGGCUCACGUGUCGCAAGCAGGUGGCGGUGGAAGGGCCGUUUAGAUUGCCGUCCUUGUCGACCCUUUCCGAGAAGUGCGACAAGCAGGCCAAAAUGCAGAUCCUUGAACAGAAACUGGCUGAGCAUGAGAAGGCCCGUCCAGUGAGCGCCAAGGAUGCCCCGAAAGCAAGUGUGUCUGAGAAUGCUGGAGCUCUCAAGGCACUGCAGAGCAGCAAAUUGCAGGAGAACAUUGGUGCCAAGGCGUUUGACCGCUCCCAACCACCAACGUGCGAGAAGGCUGUGCCAACUGCCAAGCCAAAAACGGAGACGCGGCGUGGCUUGCUGGGUUGGCUAGUGCCCUUUAGUGGAUUCUUCGGCGGAGAUGAGGAUGAGGAUUACUUGGAAGACUGCGAAGAGGAAAGUGUUAUGGAGGAUGAUGAACCAGCUGCGUCCCCGGACGAUUUGCUUCCAAGUCCACCUGAGGCGAAGCGCAGAAGAUUGAUGGGUUGGCUUCCAUGGUGA